CCUGUCUUACAUUUGCGAGCGAAAAAACACGCUUACAUAUAAUUUAUAAAAAUUAUUAAAUAUUGUUUAAAAAUAAUUUAAAGCCCAAAUAGUACAAUGGCAGCGGAACAAGAUAUUCCAACAUUCAAAUGUGUUUUGGUCGGUGAUGGCGGUACUGGAAAGACUACAUUCGUAAAACGUCAUAUGACUGGAGAAUUUGAGAAAAAAUACGUUGCUACUCUCGGUGUUGAAGUACAUCCACUAGUUUUUCACACAAAUCGUGGUGCCAUUCGUUUUAAUGUUUGGGAUACAGCUGGACAAGAAAAGUUUGGUGGUCUUCGAGACGGAUACUACAUUCAAGGACAAUGCGCAGUUAUCAUGUUUGACGUAACAUCCCGUAUCACUUACAAAAAUGUACCAAAUUGGCAUCGUGACUUGGUUCGUGUGUGUGAAAAUAUUCCAAUUGUAUUAUGUGGAAACAAAGUUGACAUUAAAGACCGUAAAGUGAAAGCAAAGAGCAUCGUUUUCCACAGAAAGAAGAAUUUACAGUACUACGAUAUUUCUGCAAAGUCAAAUUACAAUUUUGAGAAGCCCUUCUUGUGGCUCGCAAGAAAAUUGGUUGGUGAUCCCAAUUUGGAGUUUGUUGCAAUGCCCGCUUUACUUCCACCAGAAGUUAAGAUGGACAAGGCAUGGCAAGAUCAAUUGGAAAGGGAAAUGGAGGAAGCACAAAAGACUGCACUGCCCGAAGACGACGAGGAUUUGUAAAAAGUUCAAUAAACUGCAAUCUUCUGCUUCUCGAGAGAAUAAAAAGUUAUGGAAUAUUAUUAUUUCCCAUCAAUUCUAUACUCUAUUAAUUUUUAAUUGAUUUAUGCUGAUUUAGUUAAAUUAUGAAUAAUCUAUUCACGCUUUUUGUUCUUAUUAGUUCAUCCACACAUUAUUGUAAGUUCUUUUCUACUUAAUUAAUUAAAAAAACAAGUUUCAACUUUAAUGAGUAAAAAAAUUGUCGAUGGACAAUUUUAUAAAUGAUAAAAGUGAGUUGCUAGUAAUGUUGGGACGUUUCAUAUGAUUAUAGACUAUUCCAGUUAUUCAUUUCUGCUUUUGUUUCUUCUUUCUUAAUGAUAUCAUUGAAAGAAUUUUGUUUAACUUUCCAAAUGAUUUUUUUU